AUGCUUAUGUCACCAGCUAAAUCCAACAAGUAUGCCAUCCCCGUCAUGGAUAACGAUACAAGCCCCCACCCAGAGUCCUCUUCCUGGGGUCAUAAUAUCGCAUUACAUGCGCCUGGCCUCCCUCACCACAAAUCCAGAGAAAAUAGCCUCCGAGCGGCGACGAUUCAUUCUCAAUGUGCAUACUCACCCAACCCUACCUAUAUCCUUCAAAUGGCCGCCACCAGAGCAGAUUCGGAGUCGACGACUCCCCGCAGACAGCCCCCCAGGUCAUUGAAUGAUCUCCCCGACGAAAUUAUACAGCAUAUUCUCUACUUUGUACCGCCAUUAGACAUCAUCCUGAAAGUUCAGAGAACAUCCCAGCGACUGCAUAAUCUGUGUAGCCAGCCUCUGUUGUGGCGAUACCACUGCCGUGUGCAGUUCAAAUACUGGGAUCCAAAGCAUCGAAUUCGACAAAAGUUCCUGGGGGGUGUUGGGGAUGUAGACUGGCAGGCGCUAUACGCUCACAGAGCCAAAGUUGAUUUGGAGACUACUCGAAUUCUCGAUAGCACACUUGAGCGCCAGGUUGAUCGGAUACAAAAGUUUGAGCUAAUUGCCGACUUUGGUUAUGAUGCCAAAGAUACACUCCUACAGCAUUGCCAUAUAGAUGAAGAAGCGGAGGACGUCCUUGCAAGGAGGUAUUAUGCAAAUGCAAUUCUCGACCACGUUCAUCGAACAAAAGCUCUCGCCGAGUGGGAAAAGAUUCUGAGGGGUGAAGACAUUCCUAUUGAGAGAGCUUUGGGAUCAUUUGACCUGUUCGUUUUGCACGACCAACCUGGAGAUCUUCUUGAGAUCUCUGACCUGCUCGACGAUAUUGUGACACGGCUCUGCGUGGAAACCCCCGACAUCGCGCAGCUUUGUGCCCGAAAGAAAGCUAUUGCCGUGGUAAAGUUUCUGCGAGCAUAUAACCUGACUGGCAUCGCAUCAGAGAUAGCAUAUCGGGACUUACAGAACAACUAUAUCGGUAUUGCGUUGCAGGACCAAGGGCACCCGUCGCUUCCAUUGAUCUCCGUCGCUAUUUUCUGUGCUGUUGCUCAGAGAUUGGGUCUGGAUGCUAAAUGUUGUGGAAUACCGAAUCAUGUGCAUGCCAUGAUCUGUCCGCGUAACAAUGAGUCGCUUGAUGGUGGGCACUUGACAAACGAUAACAAUGCAGAGCCCAUGUACUUGGAUCCAUAUCGCUCAGAUGCCGAGGUUCCCGUAUGGAACCUACAAGUCAUGCUAGCAGCCUGGGGUAUUCAAGAAGUAGACCAGCCACUAUUCCUUCAUGAGUCGAGCACUGCCGGCCUCAUUGUACGAACAUCAAGGAACAUAUUAGCAACUGUUCAUGAAUUUCGAGGGCAGGUUGCAAACACCGACGAUAACCAUCAUCCCACAGUCCGACUUCAUGCUAACCCUUAUGCUGAUCUGGAUAAUGCAUUCUAUUCGGCUUUAUGGGCUAAUUUUUUAUUUGCGACUCAACCGAGAUCUGAGGUCAGGAGCCAGCGGCACUUCAUUCCUCUAAUUCUUGAAAAAUUUGAACACCUCUAUCCCAUGGAUGCAUCUUUGAUCGAACAAUACAUUUGUCCUCUGUUCAACAAUCCAUCAGUUGCUGAGCAUUGGGAGCUUCACGAAGCACUACGAGUAGUUCGGGCUGCAGAUCAAACUCCUAAACAAGUCACACCCCGAGACACAUUAGCUGCUCGUGCAAUAAAGUAUAAGGUUGGUCAAGUAUUCCGCCAUAGAAGAUAUAACUACAUGGCCGUCAUUACCGGAUGGGAUGUAGAGUGUGGCAUGGGCACCGAUUGGUGCGCGCACAAUCAUGUCGACCUUUUAUCGCGAGGCAGGAAUCAGAGCUUCUUCCAUGCCCUUGUGGACGACACGAGCAUUCGCUACGUGGCAGAAGAAAAUAUCGAAAUUAUUGAGCCAGAAGUUCCAAUACCUUUGAUGAGUUUAGCGGGACGCUUUUUCAAACGUUGGGAUCAGGAAAACCACGUCUUCAUAUCAAACAUACGAGACGAGUAUCCUGAUGAUUAA